AGGCACGUUAGUAAAGGGAAAAUCCGUAGUGCAGAAUGCGAUGUACUUCUUCACUUAUCUCAACAACUGCACCAAUAACAUCAAAUAAACGGCCAUGGCAGUUCCAACCAUAACCUCAUUCUCAAAACUGGCCCCUUUUCACCAACCAACACUAACCCAAUUCAGCUCACAAACUGCUCCUUCCAAAUUUCUCCUCUCUCCAAAGCAAAGAUCCCUAUUUCCAGCACCCACCAACAGCAUUUCAGCUCAGAACUUGAAAAAUGCAGCCACUAUUUUGGGGGUUACUGGAGUUGCUUUAGCCACACUAAUGGUGGGACCUGACACUGCAUCUGCUUCUGAAAUAGCUUCUAUAACGGGUUCUUCUUUCCAAUUCAACGAACCCACUAAUGCUCUCUCCUUACCCACCUGGGCUAUUCACGUUUCCAGCGUUGUUGAAUGGGUUACUGCUAUGGCUCUGGUUUGGCAAUACGGGGAGAAGUCUGGGAAUGCUUCUUGGAAGGGACUCUCUUGGGGCAUGGUGCCCCUGCUAGGUGGAGCGUUUUGUGCCUGCACUUGGCAUUUCUUUUACAACUCAGAGUCCCUUGAGGUAUUAGUGGCUCUACAAGCAGCUUUGACAUUUGUUGGUAAUGCCACAAUGUGUGUCGCUGCAUUCCGUAUAUACAGAUCACAGGAGCAAUCAAAAAACCUAUGAGCAUUGAGUUUGGUACUUUCCCAAUUUUCAUCACUCAUUCAGAUUCCUUAUCUACAUGGUACUUCAUUCGAUUUCUUGCAGUCUCUUUUUCAUCUUCAAGUUGAACAGAAACUUUAUUCGUCGACAAUGCUGAUUGUUUUGGCAGAAGUAGAAACAUGGUAUGAGAAUCCUGUCUCGUAUCAGACCAAUUUGACACUAAGUAUAUAGAAUAAGAUAGUGGCUUUUCCAUGGUUGUAUGUAAAAAGCUUUUAGCAACAUCUACCAGUGUGGAUCGCACUGUCCCUGGAAGAUUGAAAAUAAUUCUGUCUUUUUGGUGGCUGGUACUUUGGCCUUUCUAGUUGCAUUGUUGUACAUUCUUUAAACAUCUCCUCUUAGACAUCUAAAGAUGGCCAUUAUUGACUUUCUAGGAACUGUUGUCAAAUGAAUCAUAUCCGACAUCUUCAACAAUCAACAUGUUCAUUGUUUAUGUACUGUA